AUGGAGGUGGAGGAGGAGGAAAGACGCUCUCCACACGAUCAUGUGGAUCGGUGUGUUCCCGACAGCUUCUUUGAUCGCGUAACGCAAGGGUUACGCGACGAUCUCGAACAUGAGCGGAAUAGGCGUCUCCAAAUGGCGGACACUGCCUUGAAGCAUCGAGCUGAGUUUGCCUUUGCUCAGCUUGAAAACGAGAGAUCUCUGACAUCUCUUCGUGACGAGCUAAGGGUAGCUCGUGGGAUUGCUGAUCGGUCUCGGGAUGAGAUAGCUGCUCUUCAGACCCUUGUUGAUGCCCACCAUCGGGAGCACAAGGCUCUCUGCGAGAUGCUUGAGCGCAAGGGCGUUCUUCAUCGGAAGAAGCAGCGUACUGAUGGUACGGCUUAA